AGUGGCAGUUGGGAACCCUUCCUGGGAAGGAUGCGCGGUGUGGACCUGCGCUGGCAGGCAAACAAAGAGCGUCUCAACAUGUGUACUAGUGGGAGUGCCUCCUCCUGUGAAGAGUGUCUGAUGAUCCACCCAAAAUGUGCUUGGUGCUCCAAAGAGGUCUUUGGCAGUUCGCGAUCAGUCACCUCCCGGUGUGACCUGAGGGUGAACCUCCUCCAGAACGGCUGUGGUGGUGAGAUCGAGAGUCCGGCCAGCAGCGCAUGGGUCCUUCGCAGCCUGCCUCUCAGCAGCAAGGGCUCCAGUACCGCGGGCAUGGAUGUCAUUCAGAUGGCUCCGCAGGAGGUGGCUGUGGACCUCCGGCCUGGUGACCAGACGACGUUCCGGCUGCAGGUCCGCCAAGUGGAGGACUACCCUGUGGACCUGUACUACCUGAUGGACCUCUCCCUGUCCAUGAAGGAUGACCUAGAAAAUAUUCGGAGCCUAGGCACUGCACUUGCCGAAGAAAUGAGGAAGCUUACCAGCAACUUCCGGUUGGGUUUUGGGUCAUUUGUUGACAAAGACAUCUCUCCUUUCUCCUACACCGCACCAAGAUACCAGACCAAUCCAUGUACUGGUUACAAGUUAUUUCCUAAUUGCGUCCCCUCCUUUGGGUUCCGCCACCUGCUGCCUCUCACAGACAGAGUCGACAGCUUCAAUGAGGAGGUUCGGAAACAGAGGGUGUCCCGGAACCGUGAUGCCCCUGAGGGGGGUUUUGAUGCCGUGCUCCAGGCAGCCGUCUGCAAGGAGAAGAUCGGCUGGCGCAAGGAUGCCCUGCACUUGCUGGUGCUCACAACGGACGAUGUGCCCCACAUUGCUCUCGAUGGGAAGCUGGGUGGCCUAGUGCAGCCACACGAUGGCCAGUGCCACCUGAGUGAUGCCAAUGAGUACACCGCAUCUGACCAGAUGGACUACCCAUCCCUUGCCUUGCUUGGAGAGAAGUUGGCAGAGAACAACAUCAACUUGAUCUUUGCUGUGACGAAGAACCACUAUAUGCUGUACAAGAACUUUACAGCCCUGAUACCUGGAACCACAGUGGAGAUUUUACAUGGAGACUCCAAAAACAUCAUUCAGCUGAUUAUAAAUGCGUACAGUAGUAUCCGGUCUAAAGUGGAGCUGUCUGUCUGGGAUCAGCCUGAGGAUCUUAAUCUCUUCUUCACUGCCACCUGCCAGGAUGGCCUUUCCUACCCUAAUCAGAGGAAGUGUGAGGGCCUGAAGAUUGGAGACACUGCAUCAUUUGAUGUGUCGGUAGAGGCCUGGAGCUGCCCCAGCAAACACACCGAGCACACAUUCACCCUGAGACCUGUGGGAUUCCGAGACAGCCUGCGGGUGGUGGUCACCUACAACUGCACAUGUGGCUGCAGCACCAGGCUAGAGCCUGACAGCACCAGGUGCAGUGGGAACGGAACCUACGUCUGUGGCCUGUGUGAGUGCAACCCCAGCUACCUGGGCACCAAAUGCGAGUGCCAGGAGGGGGAGAACCAGAGUAUAUACCAGAACCUGUGCCGGGAGGCAGAGGGCAAGCCGCUGUGCAGCGGGCGCGGCGAAUGCAGCUGCAACCAGUGCUCCUGUUUCGAGAGUGAGUUUGGGAAGAUCUACGGGCCUUUCUGUGAGUGUGACAACUUCUCCUGCGCCAGGAACAAGGGUAUCCUCUGCUCAGGCCAUGGAGAGUGUCACUGUGGAGAAUGCAAGUGCCAUGCAGGUUACAUUGGGGAUAACUGUAACUGCUCAACAGACAUCAGUACAUGCCGGGCCAAGGACGGGCAGAUCUGCAGCGACCGUGGACACUGUACUUGUGGGCAGUGCCAGUGCACAGAGCCUGGAGCCUUUGGGGAGACAUGUGAGAAGUGCCCAACUUGCCCGGAUGCUUGCAGCACCAAGAGGGAGUGUGUUGAGUGCUUGCUGGUUCACGCCAGAAAGUCUGACAAUCAGACCUGCCACCACCUGUGCAAGGACGAAGUGAUCACAUGGGUGGACUCCAUCGUCAGUGAUGAGCAGGAAGCCGUGCUGUGUUUCUACAAGACCCCCAAGGACUGUGUCAUGAUGUUCACUUACGCUGAGCUGCCCAGUGGGAAGUCCAACCUAACGGUCCUCAGGGAGCCAGAAUGUGGAACGUCGCCCAAUGCCAUGACCAUCCUACUGGCUGUGAUUGGCAGCACCCUCCUGAUUGGGAUUGCACUCCUGGCCAUCUGGAAGCUGCUUGUCACCAUCCAUGACCGCAGAGAGUUUGCCAAGUUUCAGAGUGAGCGCUCCAGAGCCCGCUAUGAGAUGGCCUCGAACCCACUCUACAGAAAGCCCAUCUCCACACACACUGUGGAUUUUACCUUCAACAAAUUCAACAAGUCCUAUAAUGGCACAGUAGACUGACAGCUCCUCCUCCUAGCAGGCUGGAGGGGAUGAAGGACAGGGUCAGCCUGGAACGCCCGGGACAGCUCUCUACGUAGGCAAGCAGAGAAGCUCUUUGGGCAAGUAGGGCAAGGAGCUCACUGCUGCACAGAGGAGACCUGGCCAUGCCACCUGGCUGCCAGGCCACAGCCAUGCUCAGCCACCUCCCCUCCACAGCCAGGAAGAACAAGGGGACCACAGCGCUUCCAGCUUUCCCUAUCACCUCCGGCUUGUUGGCCUGAGGAACUUCGGGGAUGUUGGCUGCAUCUCCCUUUCAGCCCAUCAUAGGCGGCUCCAGGAAGGAUCAGAAGAUGUACAACCAGCGUGCGGCCUGGAUCUUUUCGUGUUGAUCAUUUUUAUACGAAAUAAAGAGAUCAUGCAUUUAUGGCGUGGCUCAGAUUACUACGGAUUGUCUGCCCGGGCUUGAGCCUCCCAUGUGGUGUUUGUUGGUGAUGGGAUUGUUCAGUGUCUGUUCAGUGUUUUUGUAAUGAAGAGGAAAGAGAUUGUCUGCGAUUGAAAGUAAAGACUGAAACCAAAUGA